UUCUGUCCAAUCCGUAUAGCUGCUAAGCAUCGAAAGAUGAUAGUGCAUCUUUGCAGCAACCAAGCAAAAUACGGCAUCCUAGCUGCGACAGUUUUUGGCCACGCCCCAACAGAGUUGUUCUUUAAGCUGAAGCUACAUAAGGUGAAGACGUCAAUCCACAUCCACUCUAGGCCUUCUCUAAGUAAACCAAAGGAUGCUGUUGAAUCCCCUUCUUGCUGGAAUUUGCUUCUUUCUUGUACCAGAUAUUACGGCAGAGAAUAUUAUGUUGAGCAAGCCAAGUAAACUCAGUGACGGAAGUGGUUUGACAGUUUAUGUGAAUGAUGGACAUACUGCCAACCAGGACGCUUAUACUGGACUUAUGCCCUUCCCCUUCUGGCAAGGAGAUCUUCUUGGAUUCUAUACAGUCCAUAACAUCUCAGUCACAAGCGACGUAGUCUACAGCACAGGGUAUUACCUGAGGGGUGCCUUCGUGGGUGUUUCCAUCGAUGAUAACAGCCAGUGUCCGGAUGCGGAAAUCUUUGUUUGCGGCCAGUGCCCAAAAGACAUUGGAGCAGGAGAAACUGUCACGUUCAACUGUUCCCACCAACUACCAGUCAGAUUCGUGAAGGUCUGGAGAAACAUCACUGGAUAUUUAGCCUUAAAUGAGGUAGCGGUUGAAGGAACUCCACAACACCGAAGCGGAGCAAAGUACCGGAAACUACACAACUACCAAGCGGCAUCAUCGAUGACGUCUCUCACGACUGCUUCCGCCAAUGACUGUGGUCUCCGCUGUCACUUGUCCCAGCCUUGCCUGAGUUUCAGUUACCACCCAACAGCUGCUCCCAACUGCUUCCUCACAGCAAACCCAACUGGUGGAGUAUCCGCGGUGGGAUGGACCAAGUACACCAUUGAGACGUGUUCGAGCAACAUCACCUGUGACCUGACACACCAUUUCAAUUAGUACCAGAGCCACAAUUGUGGCACAUUGAGUUAACUAACGCGUCUAGGCGAAAACGUUUUGACUGUCUCAGAGGUAUUUUGGUACCAGACUUUAGCACACCAUUACCAUCACGUGACAAAUAUGCUAAACAACAUUUCGGUCACUGCUUUAUUCAAUUUCCGUCAAACUAUGUGAUGCACUAAUUGUCAAUUUAAGUGAACCGAACUUGCACUCAAAAUUAAAGUUGCCAGUGUUGCUCAUCGAUGUACGCAACUGGGAUACGAUGACAUGUGUCAACCAGGUCUCCGAGCCUGACCUCCCGAUCCUGUUAGUCGCCUAUUAUGACAAGCAUGUGUACUGAAGACAAAUUCUAACCUGAAUGUUCAUGGGUUCAAGAUCUUCUGUCACCACACUGUUGUAAAUAGUCCCCGAUCAUAUGUUUAACCUCAGAGUGCUAUUGUUUUAUGAUUGUGCAUAAUCUGCAAUAACAAUAUCGUGUUAACCAAUGGCUAAUCACAGGGUUAGAGUACCUGUCAACUCCUCACAGUGACUCACAUUAUAUGAAGUGAGGCAGUGUCAUCUGCUUCCUCUUUUGAAGUUUGGAAUUCAUGUAUACGAGUAUUGGGGCGGAGGGGUAGGCUAGUGGUUAAAGCGUUUGUUCACUACACUAAAGACCUGGGUUCGAUUCCCCACAAGGGUACA